AUGCCGCCCAAGGGCAAGGGCAAGGCCGGAGGAGGCGUCGGCGGCGACGACAAGGGGAAAGGGGGAAAGGGCGGCGGGAAAGGCGAGCUCGGUACAUGCACGUACGUUAAAGCGCGGCACAUACUGUGUGAGAAGCAGGGGAAGAUCAACGAGGCGUACAAGAAGCUGCAGGAGGGGUGGCUGGAUGCGGGGGAUAAGGUGCCGCCCGCCAAGUUCGGCGAGAUAGCCCAGGCAUACUCAGAGUGUCCGUCGGGCAAGAAGGGCGGCGAUUUGGGCUGGUUCCCCCGGGGCAAGAUGGCCGGGCCUUUCCAGGACGUUGCCUUCGCCACGCCCAUUGGUGCCACGUCAGCACCCUUCAAGUCAACGCACGGUUACCAUGUAAUUCUCGUGGAAGGGCGCAAGAACUGA